GACAGCAAAAGUUGAUUUAGGGUUUGGAGCCAUUGCCACAGCCUGCACAGAUGGAGCUCAGUGAAUGGUGUGCACGGGCGUCGAGACAGGAUUGCGUCGACGAGGGCUGGCGGAUUUUCUUGCUGGGAGUGAAUCGCGAGCCUGCACAGGGACCCGAGGGAAUUCCUGGUGUUCUGUGGACCCUGCGACUCGCUGUACCCCAAAAUUGUGCACUCUCGCCGAUGGAUGGUGAGUCCGGGUAAUGUGCAAGUAGCAUGCUUUAGACCGUAGCUGCAGAUCAAAAUUCGCAGAUCCAGUGGGGCGUCCUUGAGGCUGAGGGUGUACAGGGAUUCGAGUGGGCUCCGAAGACGUAAUUGCCAGGAUAUAGCAGGCAGUAGGGAUCCUCAUGGAGAGGACCAUUUGUUCUGGACCGACUACGACGGCCUGGCCUCAAUCGCGAGUGUCGUCAAUGAGCCAUGGUGAGUUAUUUGGAAGUCGAUUGUCGGUGGCUUCCCCGCGGCCAGCUCAUGGAUCGUCACCACGAUCGAUACAGACGAAAUGUAGAUCACAAGCGCUGAAGGUUUCCUCUACGGAGGUCAGUACUCAGGAGAAAACGCUAUCGGCGCGGGAUCUUUGGGCUGAGUGCGGCACUGAGAGUAAAACCUUUAGGAGUGUCGAUGACAUCAAGAAGUUGAGACUCAUCACUGCCGUCAAAACCCCUUACCUAGAAUGUGGGCGGUUUGACCUUGCAGCGUACGAUAAGCUUGUGAGGUGCCAGAUUUUGAACAAGGUAGAGGGAAUUAUAGUCGGGGGCACAACAGGUGAAGGGCAGCUCAUGAGUUGGGAUGAUCACAUCAGACUGAUUGCACACUCCGUGACAUGCUUCGGGGACGAGAUUUGCAUCAUAGGAAAUACGGGUAGCAAUGCAACGAACGAAGCCAUCAAAGCCACGGAGGCCGGAUUUGAUGUCGGCAUGCAUGCCGCUUUGCAUAUAAACCCUUAUUAUGGAAAGACCUCACGGAGAGGUAUGCUAGAGCACUUUGACAAGGUCAUCGGUAUGGGCCCUUCGAUUAUUUACAACGUUCCGGGGAGAACAGGGCAAGACAUUCCAACCGAGAUAGUGGAACAAUUAGCAAAGGGGAAGCAUUUUGCUGGAAUCAAGGAAUGCAUGGGUCACGACCGAGUCAAGCACUACGCAGAGCGAAAUAUUGAGGUGUGGAGUGGUAACGAUGACGAGUGCCACGACUCUAGAUGGAUUCACGGAGGAAGAGGGGUCAUCUCUGUAGUUAGCAACCUCGUACCAGGACUUAUGCACGAGUUAUUGCACACUGGGAGAGAUGACGCCCUAAAUGCCCGACUCCAGCCUCUAAUAACAUGGCUAUUUAAGGAGCCCAAUCCUAUUGGAUUGAACACAGCGCUUUCUCAACUACAGGUUAUCAAACCUGUAUUCAGGUUACCAUAUUAUCCUCUUUGUCAAGCCAUGAGAGAAGAAUUCGUGAAAAUUGUGAACGAUAUUGGCCGUGAGCACUUCAUCGGCAGCGAAGAGGUGAUGGUCUUGGAGGACGACGACUUCAAAAUAGUGGACCGAUACUGACUCCUCUGUCAAUUCUCUAGCGAGAGAGAAAUCAGUCUCUGCCUUACUCUUGAAGACUAGCAAUGCUAUAGCUUGAUAUCUCCAACAGAGUAUCAUGCAUUCUAGGAAUUCAUACGGAUGCCAGUGAGACUUUUCACUAGCGAAGUGAGUGUAGAUUGUGUAGAAUUGCAGUGUACUUGUGGCGAAUGUAGGUGAAGAGACUCAAGCUCACUGCGAAUGAAGGGUAAUGAGCUCUCUCCUAAUAUGAUCAAAUUUUCUCCUCUUUCUUUCUUAGACACUAGUUAUGAGGGAUGCCCUUCGGGGAUUGUGUACAUCAAUGGCGCUAUGUUUCGGUGCGCCAAUUUUCAUUCGUACUUAAGAGAAUCUUUUUCUCGUUGG